UGUUUGCUUAACGACGAGUUAGCAGCCUGCUAGCCACCUGCCCGCUAACACGGCUGUGUUCUGGCGGAUGAAGCCCGGCAGGCGGGCACAGCAACGCUGAACCCCCGGGCCGACCUCCAGCGGGUGUGCGUGGAAGUCGGCGCAGCUCGGCGGGGGAGCGCGUAACGAGAAGCGGGCUGAGCUAACGUACGGAACGGCUUGAACCGCUAAAGUCGGGACUGAGCUGGAAGUUGGUGACGUAUUCCCGCUAAAGCCCGCUCCUCGGAGAGAGGCCGGUGGAAAAAUGAUCGCACUUUGAGGUGAAAUAAAAAGACGACAGAAAGAUGGCGGAGGCGGCCAAAGACAGCGACGCUUUCGCGGAAGAUGAAAUAUAAAAAAAACCUUACUUACAUUCUCUCCUCAUCGCUCUCUACGGCAGCCAUUUUUAUUUAAAUAAAUAAUUUUAUAUUAAAAAAAGCCUCCAAACAUCUCUGCUGCACCCCGCCCCCUCCGAGUCCUUUUCCAACCACCGUCAGCUAGCAAACAUCGCGAUAUUUGAAAGAAGACUGAGACGCGCAGGCGUUCUGAGAUCUCGCGAUAUGUUGACUUGGGGUCAGACUGGGACGAAGAGUAUAUAGAGAAUAUAACGUUUCAAAUUUUAAUAAUCAUAGUAAUAUUCAUAAUGUAAUUAUGAUGAAUUGUCAUUUAUGUAAGAUGGAUGGACGGAGUACGUUAUUCACUUUAUUUCAGUUUGGGGCAAAAACUUUUAUUUUGGAAGAUUACCAAGCGGAAGCUGUUUUUGAUACAGUAUGUUGGUUCCGAUAGAUACUACGUGGGGGCGAUACAAACAUGUUGGUAUCGGUACGAUAACACAUGAAUUUGUGUUUUUUUAUUAUUGAUAAUUUCUUGAUAAUACUAAUCAGAAUAAAACAUAGAUUUUUGUCCAACAAAAAUAUAAUAUAUAUAGUCAGCAACCCCAUUUUGUGAACAAUGUAACAAUAUAUACCCACUAUAAUAACGUCAAUGUCACAAUAUGAAUACAAUCACAUAUAUUUGUGAAAAUAAAAAUUAAAGAGAAUAUAAAAACAUCGACCUCAUUGAGUUAGUAUCGACCCGAUACCACCCUUGGUAUCAAUGUCUUAGCUAUGUGAAUGGAACCGCCCACCCCUCGUAAACGCCGUAUCCGGAAGCAGCCCAUCGAAACUAUUGACACUCUUCGAAUAUUGCGAGUCUGAACAGGAUAGUGCCAAUGAAUCAUCAGAGGGAUCCGGGUCCGGAUGUAAGCGGUUCUGUUGGUGCGGCUCAGUGCCGCGUGUGUUGGGCCGUUAGCUUGUUAGCCUGUUAGCUCUCCCGCGUUAGGGAACUUCCUCCAGAGUUGAAGUGUCAUUUUUAAAAAAAAUGUCACGAGGAGACGCCAGACUACAGUUCUUGUACCAGCUGCCGCCUUCGGUCCUUUGGGAGUUCUGCCGGGUCAUGGAUGGGCUGUCAGACUGGGACUGGACCCGCUUUGCCUCGGAGGUACUUGUCGACCAAGUCAGCGUGCGAUUGGCUGAGAGGCAGGAGAGGCGGACCGAUUAUGUGAUGAGCCAAUGGGGCAACAGGAACGGCCGUGUCGGGGAGUUGCUCGACCUGCUGGAGCAUCUCCAGCUUCUCCAUCCCAGAGACAUCAUCCUUGCCUGGUCAUCCAGCUUGACACCAUCUCCUCUUCCUCCUCCUGUUCCUGCUGCUCCUCACCGACCCUCGCCUCCUCUUACUCUCUCUUGCUUUGACCCCCCUCCCAAAUCAGUGGCGGUCUUGCCCACACUGAACACCCACAUUACUAAAGUAGAUAAAGGAGGAGUAGGAGGAGUAUCCCUACCCAUACCUGCCCCACCCCCUUCCAGUUUGCAGUCAAGUCGACCUGUACCCCCCCAGGGCCCCACUGUGGUGGCGUGUGGCGAUGGCGGUUGCGGCGUGAUGUGCUGGUCAUAUGAAGAGGUGCAUGCUGGGACAGAGGGCUUUUCUCCUGCCCUGCAGGUGGGAGAGGGGGGCUUUGGAGUCGUGUACAGAGCGUCCCUGAGGAAUACGGACUGUGCGGUCAAGAGGCUGAAAGAGGACUGUCUGCAGGACUUUGCCGUGCUGAAGGAGAGCUUCAACACCGAAGUGGAAAAACUCUCCAAGUUCAGACACCCAAACAUUGUGGACUUGCUGGGCUUCUGUGAAGGACCUAGAGGUGUUUGUCUCAUCUACAGCUACAUGGAGAACCGAUCCCUGGAGGAUCAGCUGCACAGUGUGUGUGGCGCCCUCACCUGGUCUCAGAGGGUCAGGGUUGUUGUUGAAGCAUCAACAGCCUUGCAGUUCCUUCACUAUCCACCAGAGGGACACAACGCUGUCAUUCACGGGGACGUCAAGAGUUCAAACAUCCUGUUGGACCGCCACCUGGUAGCCAAGCUGGCUGACUUCGGCUUGGCUCGCUUUGUUUAUCCCGGCUCUUCGCGGCGCUCUGUGUCUAAGACAAGGUCGGUGGGUUACACAUCUACGGUGCGAGGAACGCUGGCGUAUCUUCCUGAGGAAUACGUGAGGAACGGACAGCUCGGGACGACGGUGGACGUCUACAGCUUUGGAGUGGUGCUGUUGGAGGUACUGACUGGUCGGCGAGCUCUGGAGAAAGACAAGAAGUCGGGAGAUAUUUACCUGAAGGACCUGGUCCAGGAGCUCCAGGAGGGUCCAGAUGUUUCUUGUGCAGCUGCCUGGAGGCAACAGUUGGACAAGCGGCUAAUCAAAGGGGGCGCCACAGAGCCGGCAGGGAGCAUGCAGAUGGCAGUGCUGGCCUGUGAGUGUCUGGACAGGAAGUGCAAGAAGAGACCGGUUAUGACGGAAGUGUUUGACAAACUUCAGGACAUCCAAAAGCUGGUGAGGAACAGCGACAUCAACCUCCUGCCUAGCCCACCUCACUCGUCAGACGGCAGUGUGGAGGUUCUGAGCCAGCAGUUUUCCAGUCUGGGACCGCUAGAGGACACCUACAAGCCCCACUUGUCCCUCACCCCUGCUCUAUCCUCGUUUAGCUCCUCUUCCCCUUGUACUCCUCUCUCCUCCAUGCCUCUCCCUUCUUCCUCCCUCCAUCCUCCCUCAUCUUCUUCGUUUGAGGGACCGUGUGAAACAGACGAGAGUCGAGGUUUCUCCCAAUACGACAUUUCUACUGGGAGCCACCGUCGCUCCAGAACAUUGUCCCCGCCCACCAGAGACCAAUACCACAGUCAAACCAGGUCCACUGAGUCCUGGUCCAGGGAGCCUUCUGAGGACCAAUACGACAUUCAUGUUCGUCCUAAUAGAACAAGUCUCUCACCUAGUCCCCCUCAGAAGGGGGUGGCACCAGGACCGGGUUCUAGAGGCCAAACCAUAGAAGAAUGCUUCUCUCCUGUAGGAUCACUUCAGUCCGUUUGUCCACAGUCCUCAAAUGCAGUGCGGCCCUGUGAGGCGUCCAGGUGUCCAGAGGAGAGUGAUGAGCUGGAUUAUCUUGCUGAAAGUUGACCGGUGGACAUGUUGGAUGGAAUCAAACCUGAAACAUAUGUUUAAAGGGGACCUGUUAUGCUCAUUUCUGUCCCUUUGUAUUGAGUAGUGGACACCUAGAGACCAGCAACACACGAUAACGGCAGCUUCCAAAAUCUGCAUCUAUUUCAGCUGUAUUUGCUUGGUUUUCCAAAAUGGUCUGUUUUAAUUUAUUCCACCCACAGCCACACCCACUCUGCUGUGAUUGGUCCUCAGUUUGUACAGUUUAUGACUUGUACAGCUGGCUCACUGUGACUUCACCUAAUUAUCUGAAACUUUGGCAUCAUUUAACACGCGAAUACAACACACAACAGAUGCAGUGUAAAUCUAACUAUUAUUUCAACUAUUUUCAGUGCAAAACUUUAUUUCUUAUGCAAAGACAAUGACUUAUGUGGUAUGGUGAGUGCUAAUAGCAUGACCAAAAGGAGAAAAUACCAUGUUUUCAUAACAGAAAAAAAAUAUCGCUUAUACAAUAAUAAAGUAUAUUUAAUAAUUUACAGUUUUUACACACGAUGGCAAGUUUUUUUCUCAAAAGGGUAAUUUGUCUGACCAAAUAAAGUUUUUCUUUCUGGGUACAAUCAUCUGCUGUGCAGCCCGCAGCCGCCAGGCGUCACUAUGGAGCAGUGAUCCGAUAAAUAAAUAGGCCAGUUUUGCAAAGUCCACACUUUUUCUCCCUAAAAAGUUUAAAACACCGUGAAUUAUUGUCUUUAAUUUGCAAGUCAUGAUAUUACUCAAAUAAAUACAUUUUAGACCAAAAGAUAACUUAAUUUAUAGUCACAACAUUUUUUUAAAUGUACUUCAAAGAUAAAAAAACAACUUUCGUGACUGUACUUCAUGGGCAGACAUGUUACCUUAGUAUUCGUGGAAUUUACAAUUUUUAUUAAAGGCAAAAAUAAUAAUAAUAAUCUGAGGUAUUUAUCAUAAAGGAAGUAAAUUAUAAA